AUGAGCGAGCCGGAACGCAAUGACCUGCAGCAGAGCAAGGAGAAGGCCAUCGACGACUGGCUUCCCAUCACCUCGAACCGGAGCGCCAAGUGGUGGUACUCUGCCUUCCACAAUGUCACGGCCAUGGUCGGCGCCGGCGUCCUCAGCUUGCCCUACGCCAUGGCAGAACUCGGAUGGGGGCCUGGCGUGGCGGUGCUCGUCUUGUCGUGGAUCAUCACCUUGUACACCCUAUGGCAGAUGGUGGAGAUGCACGAGAUGGUCCCUGGCAAGCGAUUCGACCGCUACCACGAGCUGGGACAGCAUGUGUUUGGAGAAAAGCUCGGGCUCUGGAUCAUCGUCCCGCAGCAGCUGAUCGUGGAGGUCGGCACCGACAUCGUGUACAUGGUCACCGGUGGCAGGUCCAUCAAGAAGUUCCACGACACCAUCUGCCCCGACUGCAAGAACAUCAAGCUUUCUUACUUCAUCAUGAUCUUCGCCUCCGUGCAGUUUGUUCUCUCUCAGCUUCCCGACUUCAACUCCAUCUCAGGCGUCUCCUUGGCCGCGGCUGUCAUGUCCCUCAGCUACUCUACCAUUGCCUGGGUUGCAUCCGUGGAGAAAGGCCAACCAGAUGUUGAUUACAGCUACAAGGCUUCAACCACAACAGGAGUUGUCUUCAACUUCCUCAGUGCGCUGGGAGAUGUUGCCUUUGCAUAUGCAGGGCACAAUGUGGUGCUGGAAAUCCAAGCAACCAUACCUUCCACUCCUGAGAAGCCUUCGAAGAAACCAAUGUGGAGGGGUGUGGUUGUUGCUUACCUUGUUGUUGCUAUUUGCUACUUCCCUGUUGCUCUAAUUGGAUACUGGGCCUUUGGCAAUGUUGUUGAUGACAACAUUCUCAUCACCCUUGAGAAGCCAAGGUGGUUGAUUGCAACGGCCAAUAUAUUCGUCGUGAUCCAUGUCAUCGGAAGUUAUCAGAUCUAUGCCAUGCCUGUGUUUGACAUGAUAGAAACAGUGCUUGUCAAGAAAUUCCACCUUCCGCCAGGUCUUACUCUUCGCUUAGUUGCAAGAAGUGCUUAUGUUGCAUUUACAAUGUUCGUGGGCAUAGCUGUCCCUUUCUUUGGGGGUUUGCUUGGGUUUCUCGGAGGCUUUGCAUUUGCACCAACAACUUAUUUUCUCCCCUGCAUCAUGUGGCUAGCUAUCUACAAGCCAAAGAAGUUCAGCUUGUCUUGGAUCACAAACUGGAUCUGCAUUAUACUGGGGGUUCUACUGAUGAUCUUAUCACCUAUUGGAGGAAUGAGGACGAUCAUAUUAAGUGCAAAGGACUACGCAUUUUUCUCAUGACCUUGCCAAUCAACUAUGUAGAUGGCAACAAGAUUAGCCUGACAUGCUUGAUUCAUUGUAUUACCAAAAUGGUGCUCAUUAGAUAUGAACAAAAUGUCAUCAACUACAGACACUGUAGUUAGGCUGUCUUUGAAAACACAUUUGCAUUCUUAAUAUGCAGUUGGAGAAAAGGGGUUGAGUGAAUGUGCAA